AUGGGGAAGCGCGGGAACUGCAUUGCGGAGCAGCCAAGAGACGUCCCGGGCCCGGAGUCCACGGUGCAAAGGCUGUGUCUGGGAAAGGGGGCUGAUAUCUGGGCCUACAUCUUGCAGCAUGUGCAUAGUCAGAGCAGUGUCAAGAAGAUCCAGGGAAACUUAUUGUGGUAUGGCCACCAGGACAGUCCAGAGGUCAGCCGGAAGUUGGAGCUGGAAGCUGCAGUGGCACGCCUGCGCACAGAGAUCCAAGAGUUAGACCAGAGCCUGGAGCUGAUAGAGCAAGAGGCUGAGGCUCAAGACCUGGCUGUGGAGCAGAUGCUGCAGAGCACACGGGACACCCAGUAUCGAGCUCUCCUCCGGGCCCAAACUGGAAACCUGCAAAGACAGAAGCACGGACUGCGAGUCCCCACAUAGCAGCUGCAGAAUCAGCUCAGGUGCCUACAGGACAUAGAGAGGUGGGCCUCAUCUGCCCAAGAGACCAGCUUUCACCAGGGUGAUAUCCGGACAGCCUGCACCCUCCGGGCCCAGUUCCUGCAGAACCUCCUGAUUCCCAUCCUAGCAAUACCAGAGCCACCUGCCCUACUGGUCAUGUUUAAGGUGAGAAGAGAGGAGGGAAGCCCUCAGGAUGACCACUUUGGAACUUCAUACCAGCAGUGGCUUGGCUCAGUGGAGACCCUACUGACAAACCACCCUCCAGGCCAUGUCCUGGCUGCCCUGGAGUACCUGGCCGCAGAGCGAGAAGCAGAGAUUCGAUCCUUGUGCAGAGGGGAUGGGCUCAGAGAUAUGGAGCUGUCCAGUCCCCAGGCACCGGACCAGUCAGAUUCCAGCCAGGCCUUGCCAUCCAUGGGGCAUCUAAUCCAGGAGGGCUGGCAGACUGUGGGUGCACUUGUUACCCAGCGGGGUGCUCUCCUGAAGGAGCGUCAAAUCCUGACUGGCCACCUCCAGGGCCUGGUCGAGGAGAUAGAGAGACGUACCCUGGGAUCCAGUGAGAGGAAAGUGCUAAUACUGGGACUUAGAUGCUGUGGACUGUGGGCAGAGCUCAAGGCCCUGAGGGCCCAGAUUAAGGAACUGGAGGAUGCAGCUGGGCAGAGGCAGCUUCUGCUGAGGGAGCUGCAGGCCAAGCAGCAGCGGAUCCUGCACUGGCGCCAGCUGGUGGAGGAAACCCAGGAACAGAUCCGCCUGCUCAUCAAGGGCAACUCAGCCAGCAAGACACGCCUAUGCCGCAGUCCUGGAGAGGUACUGGCUUUGGUUCAGCGGAAGAUUGUCCCCACCUCUGAGGCCGUGGUACCUCAGAGCCAGGAGCUGCUUCGCUGUCUGGAGGAGGAAGCCCGACAUCUGCCCCACAUUCUGCUGGGCACCCUGCUGCGGCACAGCCCUGAAGGGUUGAAGCCCCUGCCCACGAUCCUACCAUCCAUCCACCAGCUGCACCCCAUGUGCCCAAAGGGCUCUAGCCUCAUAGCGCUGAGCCACAUACUGGGGCUGCCCACAGGGAAGGCACCAGAGCUGCUCCUCCCAAAGGCUGCCUCUCUUCAUCAGGACCUUCUAUUCUUCCAGGACCAGCAGAGUCUCUGUUGUGGGGAUCUGCUCCACAUGAAGACCCAUCUGCCAUCGGGACCAUCCCCCCAGGAGCUGCUGCAGAUCCAGGCAUCCCAGGAAAAGGAACAGAAGGAGAACCUGGGGCAGGCUCUGAACAGGCUGGAGAACUUGCUGAAACAGGCACUGGAGCGAGUCCCUAAACUGCAGGGAGUCCUGUCAGACUGGUGGGAGCAGCCAGGCCAAGCCACCCUCUCCGGGGAGCUCUGCCAGGGCCUGUCCCUGCCCCAGUGGCGGCUGCGCUGGGUCCAGGCCCAGGGAGCUUUGCAACAGCUGUGCAGAUGAAGAGGGGCCUCAAGGGGCUGGGAUUGUGGCUCAGCGGUAGAGCGCUCGCCUAGCACCAGCGGGGCCCGGAAAAUAAAGGUAUUAAAAAAAAAAAGAGGGGCUUCAAACCAGAAUCAAGAAUUUCACAUUUGUUCACCCCAACACCUCACAUCCCCCAAUAAAACAUUGAAAAGAAAGCAUGGCCA